UGGAAAACAUUUUAAGAAACCAUAAUAAAAGUCACGGCAGAACACGACUUUUUACAAAUUUACGAAGAAAAUGAAUAACAAAUUUGAUGCACUAAAAGUUGCAGAUGACAGUGGAGAGGAAGAUAACUUAGAUGCACCACCACGACCACCCCCGAAACCUGGUCCUGGUGAACACCCCCUGCAGUACAACUACUCCUACUGGUUUUCUCGGAGAACGCCGGGCAAACAGACAACAAGCUAUGAUCAGAAUCUCAAAUUGGUAGCAUCAUUUGCAUCUGUGGAGCAGUUCUGGAUGUACUACAGCCACCUAGUCCGGCCGGGAGAUCUGUCGGGGCACAGCGACUACCAUCUGUUUAAAGACGGAAUCAGACCCAUGUGGGAGGACAGCGCCAACAAGUCUGGAGGCAAGUGGAUCAUCCGUCUAAAGAAGGGCCUGGCGUCUCGGUGCUGGGAGAACCUGGUGCUGGCCAUGCUGGGGGAACAGUUCAUGGUGGGGGAGGAGAUCUGUGGCGCCGUCGUCUCAAUCAGAUACCAGGAGGAUAUCCUGGCGCUAUGGAACCGAACAGCCUAUGACCAAGUGACUACCUCUAGAAUCCGGGACACACUAAAGCGGGUCCUCAAUCUUCCUCCCAACACAAUCAUGGAGUACAAGACACACACCGACAGCAUCAAAGACAACUCAAGUUUCCGCAACACUGAUGUGUUCAUGAGGUUUUAACAAGGACAAGAAGCAGAGGAAUACGUGAAACCGUGGUGGAAGUCCUGAUUAGAGAGAAUUCUAGUCGUUUCUAAAUCAGAUACAUAUAUUCAUUGUUGCAGAAAAAUCUAAGAAUCUGUAUCUGGUGUCUUAAUAUUUCUCAACAAUGCUCGACCAUGUUAUUGUGUUCGCAAAUAUUUUUUUGUAAUAUAACUUGUAUUGUAAAAGGCCAUAAUGUACAAACAGUACACGUGUAAAGAGGCAUUCUACUUUGAAAUUAAUGUGCCAUGUGCUGAUAUGAUUUCAUGUAUACAUUGGAAUACAUGUAGCAGAUGACAAGUCAUGAAAAUGCAUAACAAAUUGGUGGUUUUAGCUAUUGAUUGCAGAUGUGUUGAAUUCAGUUAUUAUCUAUCAAAUUGUUAAAAUAUGCUUUGCUGUGAAAAUGUUUGGCAACAACACAGUUCACCGGGCGCAGCUUAUGGAGAUGGUGAUAAUUGGCUCAGGCUGUCGUUCUUGCUUCACAGAUCUGCCGUGCCUCCUCCAUCCUUAGGGUUGGUUACCCCCAACUCUAUCCUUAGCUUUUGAGGGGCACAGGUGGCCUAGUCGUCUAAGGCGCCAUGAUUCGCUGUGCAGAGUAGCGUCCCUUGGGCAUGCAAGAAACCUAUGAUUGUGGGUUCGAAUCCCGGUUCG